AUGCUCAUGCUCGUCAACGUGAGCGCCAAGAAAUGCCGGCAUCCUAGCUGCAACAAGCAGCCCUCCUACGGAGCGGCCGGCACACGGAAGGCGCAAUUUUGCGUCCAGCACGCGGAGAACGGAAUGGUGGACGUCCGGAACGUGAAGCGGCAUGACAGCUUUGGUCUGCGCAUGCCGGCAUCCUCGUUGUCGUUGCCAUCACCGGCAGGCGGCGAUUUUGGCGGUGACCAGCCAGGGGGCAAACUCCCCAGCACAAAGAGAUGCAGCUUCCCGCAGUGCCGAAAGCGACCUACCUACGGCGUGGAGGGAAGCAAGACGGCAGAGUUCUGUGCCCCGCACGCGCAGCCCGGGAUGGUGAACGUGUCUCGCAAGAGAUGCGGCCACUUCGGUUGCAACAAGCACCCGUCGUACGGAGUGCGCGGGACGAAGAUUACCGAGUUCUGCGCUCAACACGCGAAGCCUGGCAUGGUCGAUGUCUGGGGCAAGAGGUGCGCCCACCCUGGGUGCGCCAAGCACCCGACGUACGGUUUGGUAGGUAGCAAGAGAGCGGAAUACUGCGCCCCGCAUGCCACGAUGGACAUGGUCAACGUCUCGGCCAAGAAGUGCGGCCACGACGGUUGCACCAAGCAACCGUCGUUCGGGGUCAACGGGAGCAAAACGGCGCAGUUCUGUGUCCAGCACGCUGAGCAGGGGAUGGUCGACGUUCGCAACACCAAGAGGUGCGCCCGUGAGGGAUGCACCAAGCACCUGACGUACGGGGCAGAUGGCACCAAGAUGGCGGAGUUUUGUCCCGAACACGUUGAGGGCAGGGCGAUGGCCGACGAUUUCGUGAAUAGGUGCACCCACCCAGGUUGCACCAAGCAGCUGCCGCCAUCUGGUGCGGGCGGAGGCAGUGCGACGCAGCUGUGUGCCGAUCAUGCCAAAUCGAGGGCGGUGGGCACCCGCAACUACAGGAGGUGUGGCCAUCCGGGGUGCACCGCGCACCUCAUGUACGACGCGGACGGCACGAGCAUGGCGGAGUUUUGCCCCCGGCAUUCCGAGAAGAAAACCGUAGCCACCGCCGUUGCUGAUAAGAGAUGCAAACAUCCAGGCUGCCCCAAGUACCCGUCGUUCGGCUUCACCGGUAGUAGAACGCCCGAGUUUUGUGUCCAACAUGCUCAGGACGGAAUGUUCGACAUCCGCAAUAAGAGGUGUUGCCACCCGGGCUGCACGAAGCACCCAACGUACGGUGUGGUAGGGACGAAGACGGCCCUUUUCUGUGCCCCCCACGCUCAGGGUGGGAUGCUGAACGUUAGUGCCAAAAAAUGCGGGCGUGUCGGGUGCGCAAAGCAGCCGUCGUUUGGCUUCAGUGGUAGUAGGACGGCGCACUUCUGUGUGCAACACGCGGAGCACGGGAUGGUCGAUGUCCGCAACGUCAAGCGGUGCAGCUACCCAGGCUGCUCGAAGCACCCUUCCUACGGCAUUGCCGGCACCAAGAGGUCCAAGGCAAUGUUUUGUGCGCCGCACGCUGAGGCCGGCAUGGUCAACGUCCUGGGCAAGAAGCGGGUGCGGGACCCCAUCAGCAGUAGCAACACCGUCGGCGGCGACGAUGGUCGGAACGGAGGCGACAACGUGAGCGACGGUGUGCAGGAGGCUGCGGGAUACCUCAUCGCCUCUACAGAGAGGAAUACCAAUGGUAGCAGCGCGAAUGAGGACUCAUCAUCUAACCGCCCCGGGAACCCCGCCCGCGUCGUGGAGCCCAUUGCGGCGGGCUUGGUUGUCGGGGACUGGGUGGCGGAUGGGGCGGUCGCCAGCAAAGACAACCGCAAGGGUGAGGCCUACCAACAAGUCGAGGAACAACAAGAGCGCCGUCAAGAAGAUACCCCUGAAGUUGGUCUGCGCCCUGCGUGGGAGUCCACCGAUAAUGCCCAGGAAAGUGCACCGGGUGAAUCGUCCGUUGGGUCCAGAAGGAAAAGGAGGAUGCUGGAUGACGUUUGAUGCGAAGUUCAGUUUCAGCUUACUCCACAAGUUGGCCGCGGGGGCGGGCUGGCAUUUUUGGGCUCUCAUUUAUUCUGGGUGAAGGGGAGGGGGGCGGGGGGGGGGGCAGGCUUUUUUCAUGAUCGAGUUGUGCGCGUUGAAUCACCAUGCGUGUUCUCACUGCUCGCGUUUUAUUUCCGGGGCUAUUCGGAGAUUCGACAAUCCGACCGAUGCUGCAGGGGGCAGGGGGGCAAUGAGGUGGUGACGGGGCAACAGCGGCGGCGGUGGGUGGCGGAUACUCCCUCAGCGGACCCACGGCAGCUGAAGGUGUGUGUGUGUGUGUGCGAGUACACCAUGUUCUUUUAUCCUGUUGACAUUGCGACUGCACUAAACGGCUGACCGGCAUGAAAGCGUCGGUCUCAACAAACAGCACACACGCGAAACACUUUUGUGGGAUGCUCCGACAGGGUUGCCACGGAGGAAUUUUUAUGAUGUACUUCAAACACCACGUGUUGUUUUGAGUGUUUUUUCCCGUUGGCCCCCGCUCGUUUCAGCGCUGAUGUGGGUAUUGGAGUUGUUUGCUUCGAAUCGUUCUUCACCGUGGUCUUAAAGUGGUGGUGCAAUACAGAUGUGUACUUUCGUGUGACAACGGCACCAGAUCAGUCUUGGGGCGUCUUAUCGCCGCGAGGGCCUCGCAAACAAGUCAUGUGUCGAUUCUCUCCAUUUUUCAGUCGUUCGACUCGAGCGUUUUGUGUGGUACGGUUUAAUCAGCGGCCAAACCAUCGAACGGAGAAGUGCGCGCAUACCUGUGCACGACAAGUCGGGUACCUUUUAGCUGAGUCAACCCUCGCUUUAUGCGAAACAAUUACUCUCCGAGUCCAACGUGCUUGUAUUUCGUCACUGCACAGAAACAACAAUACAAACAACAAUGUCAGCGUAUCCGUAAGCCGAAUGAGAUACCAACGACAUAUCCUGGGUCGAUUUCCAGUGCUGGAUGCCUCCGUACCAGCGUCGAUGUCGAAGAGGGCAGCGUCGCGAAAUUCGUGUCGAGGCGUAUUCAAAGAAGCGGAUUCUCUCGGAACUACCAACCGUGAUUUCGGUACAUUACGCCCGACAAAUCGGCCUCGGGCAUACGGUACGUACCUAUCUGUAAGCAUCCUGCAGCAGGUGAAUGGUGGGUCGAUGAGGGAGUGGGGGUUGAGGGCGCUGUUUCCACGGGACGGGGUAAGUACAACGGCAUCUAGUGUUUUGCAGGCAUGGCUAAGCGAUCCUUGAACAAUGGAAAAUAUCAAUGGAAAAUAUUUUGGAGCUGUGCUGAAGCCAGCCCAUGUGUCGUCAUUAUUAGAUGGUGGUAAUAUGUGCAUUUCCGGUAAAACUGUGUUGUGUGUUUUUUCUUCGUUUCCGUCCGAUUUCGGGUUCCUGGUUUUGCUAAAUCUUGUUUGCUGUUUGUGGGAUGGUGAGCGGAGUGGGUCGUGUUGGUCAAAAAUUGACUUGACGCGAAUGAUUUGGAGAAAUGCAUUUUGCGUUUUGUUGGAUGUUUCCCUUUGACUCAGUCGAGUCGGGUUUCUGUUUUCGAACAUUCAUGGUAAUUUGUUGUGCGUGAGACAUAUUUGUUGCGUGCUGUGUUGGUUGAUUGCGCACGUGUUGUUUUGCCAUGUCGUACGCGUACGAACUAUUUUUUCGGGUGCCUGUGCCGCCGUAUCGUCGUAUGUACCUACGUGUGUCGUUUGAAUCGCGGUGUCCCAGUGCACCUGGAGGAGAAGGCGGAGAGGAUCCGUCUUACCGCAGUAACAUGUAUUUUUCUUUACACGGAACAUGAGUUCCCCCCCUGAGUUUGCGUUCCAGUGCUUUCGACUUGUGUAGAAUUAGACCGACCGGCGACGUUUCGCGUAGCAAAAAACAGUAGUAGCAAAACCUUGAAGACAAAAAAAAAAUGUCCGUCGAGUUUGGUUUUCUUCACUCUUACACUUUUACUUUGAAGCAGGGGGCAGGCGGGUUGAGGAAUAUAACAUGCACGCCAUCCGUGAGUCAGGAGGGACUGAACUUGACCAAGUAACACUACCCUGGGCAAACAACCGGGAAUGACUGCGUCAGUUAUCCUACUCUUUUGACAAGGAUUGUCAACGGGCUCACACGGUUUGUGUGUAGGAUUCAAGGGUUGUAGCUGGGGAUGUAUAAGGUUCACGACUGGGCUUUGUAUCCAGGAGGGUAGGCUAUGCAAGGGGUACAGGAUAUUCGUCGCGUGUUUUUCGGACAAACAACGUCUGUUAAUUUUUCAUGAAUGGACAAACCACGUUGGCUUGCUUUUCAUGUGUAUAGUUGCUUACAAUUGAUGGCUGCAUACAGUUUUGUGUAUUUGCGCCACGGUUAGAUGCGCAACGCGGGCCGUUGCACAAGCAUGGGGUCGAAAGAAGCAACUCGUCAUGUUGUCACUAUAAUUUACUCGGAUAAUCAUGUACAUGUAACAGGAAUCAUUACCGGUUUGAGGCACUCUUGUAUUUGGUGCGCAGAUUUGUGGCACAGCAUUUUCUCAAAAAUUAGCUCGUGGUGGCGAGGAAAUCGCUCUUUUUGACAGUAAGGUGAGACAGCCGAAAGGGCGAAAGAAACGUCUAGUGCUGGCUAGAAUCGCAAUUCUGCGUUUGUUGCCUUUUUUUUUUUGGUGGCCGACUGUGCAGAGGUUGGCGGAGGUUGAUUGUUGACGCGUAAGUUAAUUUGUCUAUGCAUACAUUCUUUCACCAUUGCACUGUGACAUGCCCUUGUCGGAUGGCAGCACAUGACAAGCGCACACAACCCGCGGUGGUCCAAUACUUACGGGUCGGGCUUCCGGCGGUUGCAAAUUUGCAUGUAGGUGGUGCAGAUCAGUACUAGGUUGCGAUGUUGAUAAGAUAAGGUGGUCCGGCAAGCAUGUGCAUGUCCAGACGGACAAACGCUGCAGCCUCUACCUUGCUGACUACGCACUACAGUAAUCGCUGCGUCUCGAGUAUGUUUCGGCGGCGAAUCGCGAAAUCCCCGACGUACGUCGGGGCCCUCUUGCACUGCUGUUGUCCCGAAAGCUGUCUACGAAUUCCAUCCAUCUAGUAGAGCUGAGGUCAAAUGUUCCCAGGUAACAGCCGUGAUUUACUCGUAUUGUAUUCUCCACUGUUAGUUCCGUUGCUUUUCUCCGUCACUCGAGGCACACGAGGGAUGCAUCUCUCAAAGCGACAAGUUGCCGUUCUGCAUCACCUCGCUCAUUUCACGGUCGCUCCGAAAUGCGCGGAUCAAUGCGACCAAGAACACAUUUUAGCAACUGCUGCGUAGGAGCCGAGUCCUAAAACAACCCAAGCAAACGGACCAGCCCGAACUGACUCGUGACCAUCCACCUACUACACCGCCGUAUCCUUGGGGUUGGCACCCUCGCGAAGUAUCAAGAGGCGUUCCAUGCAUGCGU